GGUGGCAGGAGGCCACCUGGUAAUAGGUAAAACAGGGAGGCUCUGGUGGCCCACGCCCCCUUUAUCUCCGUCAUCUUCUCUGUGCCCCAGGGCCCUGAGAGCUAUUAGUAAGCCCAUUUUUCAGAAGUAGAAACAUACACAGAGCCAGGAAGUGAUUUAUUCAGUCUUGGAACAGGGCCGGCCCUGGUGUCAUUUUCCCAGCCUGAGGUUGGCAGUAAGAGAAACAGAAACCCCAGUCAUACUGAAGGGGUGACACAACUCCGCCCUGGGGCUUCCGUCGUCGGGAGUGAGGAUCACUCCCCAGGUGACCAAGAGUCACAAACACAGUUAGACUCAGGGCGAUCUGUGACUGCAGCAGGGAGUGUGCAGGCUGGGGGUGGGGGGGGACGACGACAGCUGGAGCCUGCCUGGAGGCCUUCUCCGUGUGAGCAGCCCAGCAGAGCCCAGUCAGACUCCCACACUGGGGCCCAGACCAGCACUACCAACUCACCAGGACGGUGACCACAGGUCUGGCUUUCACUGUUCAUGAAUCGGACAAAAUGAGGAGGACGGCAGACCAGCACAUUCAACACAGGAAAGAAAUUGUCUGAGUAACCCUGGCUCCUGAGCUCCCAAUCCAGCGCUCUUAAUGGUGCAGGGGAAAUCAGGAGGAGCAUCUAAUGACCACACAUUCCCCAUGACAGCUCUGGGAGGUUUUCUACCAACGUCUGAACAUGCCGCUGCAUCUCCGUUGGUUUUCCCAGUUCUGUAUCAGGGACGAUGAUGGGUGGUCCCCACCUUGUAGAAAUGACAAAGGAGCCAGAUGGGCCUUGAUGACGUCCUACAGGACUAUCCCUUCGAGGACUGGGAGCUGCCUGGAAAGUACCUGCUGCAGCUCUGUCCCCAAAACCUCGAGGCUCUGACCGUGUGGCCUCUGGGCCACCAGGAGCUCAUUCUACAUGGAGUGGAACAGCUCCGGGCCCUGGGCUCUAAGUUACAGACUGAGAACCUCAAGAGCCUAGCCCAGGGGCUGCUGGACAGGACCCAGGCCUUCCAAAGCUUGGUCCAAGGCCGUCUGAGAGACUGUGCUGAGACACCCGCCGAUGUCCUCAAUGCUGCUGUAGAGCUGGUACGGGAGGCUCAUGCCCUGCUCUCUUGGCUCAACAGGUACCUCUUCACUCACUUAAAUGACUUCUCCGCCUGCCAAGAGAUUGGUGUGCUGUGCGGAGAGCUGGGCCAAGUCUUGCAGGAGGAUUGCCUAGAGGCUGAGAAAGAAAGCAACACCCUGAGGAUUUGCGGCCGUGUGGCUGGAAUCUGUCACAACAUCCUGGGCUGCAGCCCGGAGGAGCUGCUGGAACAGAGGGCCGUGUUGGAGCUGGUGCAGCUGGACGACCCUUCCAGCCCCGGGAUCCACGUUGGGGCCCUGCCCACUGCCUCUACUGAAGCCAAGCUUUACUUGACUUGGCCUCUAUCUCUCCAGGGCCUAGAAAUUCACACCACCAGCAACUGCCUACACUUUGUGUCUCGAGUAGGCGUCCAGGCUGCCACCGGCUCCCAGAUCCUGCCCGGAGAUGAGAUCAUCCAAAUCAAUGAGCAGGUGGUGGUCGGCUGGCCCCAUAAAAACAUGCUGAGGGAGCUGCUGAGGGAGCCAGCAAGGGUCAGCCUUGUACUAAAGAAGAUUCCCGUGCCAGAGACCCCCUCAAAGACGCCCCCGGACUCCCCUCAGCGGCUAAGCCAAUCGCUGCCCCUGAACCCACCGUCUCCCAGGGUUCCACGCGAAGGUCUUUUUGACUUCAACCUGUCUACAGAUGGAAACCCCAGCCCCAGCCCUGCGUGGACAGACUCUACCUCCCUUGACGCUCAGCCCACGCCCACUCCCCCUGGGCCACCAGGCACUCUUCCAGAAGAAACAGCAGAACCUCUGGAGGCUUCGGGACACCUUGACAAGAGUCCCACCGUUGGUCGGAAGAAUUCAAAAGGUAUAGCUACAAGGCUGAGCCGCCGGCGGGUGUCCUGCCGAGAGCUGGGUCUGCCGGACUGUGAUGGAUGGCUUCUACUGCGGAAGGUACCCGGUGGUUUUAUGGGCGCUCGCUGGCGUCGCUGCUGGUUCGUGCUCAAGGGACACACCCUAUACUGGUACCGCCAACCGCAGAGGUCUCGUUUGGUUCCAGCACCCACACUCCAGUUCCAGGGAACCCAGUGCCCUCUUCUAACUUCCGUGGGCACUCAGGAUGAAAAGGCGGAAGGACUUAUCAACAUCUCCAAUUACAGCCUGGAGUGCGGGCAUGACCAGAAGAAAAAAUAUGUGUUCCAGCUGACCCACGAUGUGUACAAGCCCUUCAUCUUUGCCGCGGAGACCCUGUCUGAUCUGAGCAUGUGGGUGCGGCAUCUUGUCACCUGCAUUUCCAAGUAUCAGACUCUAGGUCGGGCCCCCUCCGCCAGAGAGGAAGACUGCUACAGUGAGACCGAAGCAGAAGACCCUGAUGAAGAGGCAGGGUCCCGCUCAGCUUCUCCUGGUCCAGCUCAAGCUUGGAAUGACACAUCGCCCUCGGCUUCACCCCUGCAGAGUCCUAGGACCUCCUUUGGCUCUUCAUUAGAUAGCAGUGACAGAGCCCUGGAAGGAAUGGUACAGGGGCUGAGGCAGGGAGGCGUGUCCCUCCUGGGCCAGCCACAGCCCUUGACCCAUGAACAGUGGCGGAGUUCUUUCAUGCGGCGAAACCGUGACCCUCAUCUCAAUGAGCAUGUGCACCGUGUCCGGGCACUACAGAGCACACUCAAGGCAAAGCUACAGGAACUGCAGGUCCUGGAGGAAGUCCUGGGUGAUCCUGAACUCACAGGAGCAAAAUUUCGCCAGUGGAAGGAACAGAACCACGAGCUGUACUCAGAAGGCCUGAGGACCUGGGGAGGGAUGUGGGCCCAGACCAGCUCCCCAGACCCAAACACUGACUCCAGGGGUCAAUCCCCACAGCCUCUACCCUCUGACCCUGAAGAGCCCUCCCAGCUUUUUCCCUCGACCCCAGAGAACAGCCUCCAACCUCCUGACCUCUGACCCUGGCUGAGGACUACUUCAUCCCCAGUCUCUGAUGUGCUUAAAACAUGUCCAAGGGGUCUGUGAGAGACCGGAAGGAGCAUUAGCCCUCAGCUUACCUCCAAACCGGUCCCUCUAUGCUGGGCUUCCACACUUUCUGCUCACAAGUCCCUCAUAGUGGAAGGAAAGUUCCUCUCUUCUCUGUGAGGUAGAAAUCCCUCAACCCAUCCUCAGAUUUGGGAUGUACCUGCCUCCCUGGGUCAUUCAAAAAGGUUUCCCAGACCUUCCUAGGUAGGUGUUUAUUUUACAUGAGAGAUAGUUUUCCACCAAAUAAAGUUGAUUUUUCUGAAGUGAA